GCACCUAGACGCAGGCUAGAAUAAGAUAGGCGCUCUCGAUGGUGCGCAAUUUUUCAAGAUGUCGUCGCUGGAACAGAGACUCUCCCGAAUCGAGGAGAAAUUGAAGCAGGAAAAUAAAGAAGCUAGGCGAAGAAUUGACCUUAAUAUCGACAUGAGUCCACAACGAUCGCGUCCAAGGCCAAUUAUCGUGAUCCAGCUCAGUCCUGCUCCAGCCCCCUCUCAGCGUGCAGCGCUGCAGUUGCCGUUGGCCAAUGAUGGAGGGAGUCGGUCGUCGUCGUCCCGCUCUCCCCUCAGCACCACUCAUUGCCCCUCGGCCCCCAAACGGCUGCUCAGCCUGCAGACCCGGCCCUACAGCCUGCAGAAGAGCCUAGAGAACGCUGAGAUCGACCAGAAGUUGCAAGAGAUCAUGAAACAGACGGGAUACCUGAAGAUCGAUGGACAGCAAAUGCGGAGGACGGGGAAUAAGGAUGAGAACAAGCGGAUCCUGAUGGACCUGGACGUGGUGCUGAAGAGCCACGACUGCCCCUACAUCAUCCAGUGCUACGGGGCUAUAGUAACUAACACUGACGUGUUCAUCGCCAUGGAGCUGAUGGGCACGUGUGCUGAGAAGCUGAAGAAGAGAAUCCAGGGGCCCAUCCCGGAGCGCAUCCUCGGCAAGAUGACCGUCGCGAUCGUGAAGGCUCUGCUGUACCUGAAGGAGAAGCACGGGGUGAUCCACAGGGACGUGAAGCCCAGCAACAUCCUGCUGGACGCCAAGGGCCAGAUCAAGCUGUGCGACUUCGGCAUCAGCGGACGCCUCGUCGACUCCAAGGCCAAAACGCGAUGGCGCCCGUGUGUGUGUUUUGUCCAGCCUGAGAGAAUAGAUCCUCCAGACCCCAGUAAGCCGGACUAUGACAUCAGAGCUGACGUGUGGAGCUUGGGCAUCUCUCUGGUGGAGCUGGCCACAGGACAGUUCCCCUACAAGAACUGCAAGACGGACUUCGAGGUCCUGACCAAAGUGCUGCAGGAGGAUCCUCCGGUGCUGCCGCUCAGCAUGGGCUUCUCCCCCCACUUCCAGUCCCAAGACAAAAAGACUGGUGGGAGCCUUACCUGUCUUACAAAGGAUCACAGAAAAAGGCCAAAAUAUCACAAGCUGCUGGAACACCCCUUCAUCCGACGCUACGAGGUGCUGGACGUGGAAGUGGCCGCCUGGUUCCAGGAAGUGAUGGAGCGCACCGAGUCUCCCCGCAGCUCCCAGUGCUUCAGCCAACAACACCUGCACUCGCUCUUCAACAGGUAGAGCAGAGGAGCAGGCACACACAGACACACACAGACACACACAGACACACACAGACACACACAGACACACACAGACGCGCGCGCGCGUGUAACUCCACAGCUCAAUACUUAAGCCAACCACACACACACACACACUCAACCCCUUACCCACAGCUCAGUACUUAAACCGACAGCACACACACAUACACACACUCAUUGUAUUAAAUACAAUUAUAACCCCCAUUUGCUGCACCAGAUCUAGAACAAGCAGAGCUGUGACACUGACACACACACACACACACACACACACACACACACACACACACACACACACACACACAUACACACACACUGUAUACCCUCAUGUAAUUAUCCAAACAUAACUGUCAGUACUGCGUAAGCUUUUCUACAUUUGAAGCUGGCAGCAAAAAUAAGACACUAGUGUGUACACACACACACACUCUGCUAGACACUACACUACACACACACACACACACACACACACACACACACACGCUCGGUAUAGGAGGAAGAUGAAUGGACUUGAAUGGAGCAGAACUGAAGAGAAGGAGAGCGAGAGAUGAACUGAGACGGCAGUGGAGAAAUCCUGAUGGACGGAUGAAAGGAUGGACAGAUGAAGAGGUGUAGAAAUGGAGGAGUUGCUUUGAUGAGGGCAUAAAGCGGGAGGGUGUGUGUGUGUGUGGGGGGGACUUGAGAAUGUCAUGACUGGAUGGUGAUCUGGUGGGAUUCUAGCCAAUCAGGAUCUGAUCUGGUGGGUUACUUACCAAUCGCGAUGUGAUCUGGUGGGAUUCUAACCAAUCAGGUUCAACUCUGGUGAAUUUUAUUAAAAUAUGGAUGGAUGGAUUGAUUGACAGACAAACAAACAGACAGACGUCCCUCAGACUCAUGCUCACCCUCGUGUUCCGGUACCUUCUGCUGUCUCACACAGCCACUGUGUUGCUACUUCAAGCCGUGUGUGUGUGUGUGUUUGUGUGUGGUCUUCAGGAUUUAGCCGGCUUCACUGAUUUGGUCCCUCUUGGGGUUACUAUUGUGUUGUAAUCAAUACUCCGUAAUCAAACCAGUUAUUUUCUGUGUUAGUACAAGGUCUAACCCCUUUUAGUCAGAUCCACCAAUCAGAUUUGGUCUUACUAGACUACUACACCAAUCUUCUCUUACUAGACUGAUUAACCAAUCAGAUUUAGCGACUAUAUCAUGUUAACCACUCCACUUCUGUGGAGUUAACAGGAUUUGAAUACUAAAUGCGAAAAAUAAAACCUAAUCAAAAAAAAAAAAAAAAAAGAUUUAGCGAUAGUUCUCUCAGAAUGGCAGAAAUGAAGCAAGAUGGAGGACCGACUGCAACUUACGCUCAGCCAAUCAGAAUCAGAUCUGUUGAGAUUCUAGCCUUUCAGGGUCUGAUGUUGGGAUGAGAUCCUAGCCAAUCAGAGCGUCUUCUGGUGAAAUUCUAGCCUAUUGGGAAUGAGCUCUGCACCCAGGCUCAGAUGCUGUCUGUGCAGUGAUAUCUCAGGGAAGCAGAGAGAGGGAGAUGGAGAGAGGUGAAGGUGUAAAUUAAGAGAGAAUAAGGAAAAGAACGUGAUUAGCUUUUCCGCAGUAGAACCGGGUUCUAGGGUGUAGGAUACCAGAGAUGUUCUUCAUUACCAAAGCGAAAAAACCAAGACACUCACUCUCUCACACAUACACAUACACACACACACACACACACACACACAGACAUAAUGUCUCUCUUACUCAGGCAUACUCAGUCUUGCGUGCAUACUCACACAUGCUCACUCUCAUUCUGUUGCUGGCUUUUGCUCUAUAAACACACACACACACACACGUGGCUUUGGAUGCCACUGGGGCACCGGCCACAUCAGAAGCCAAAGCGGUUAUGAUGCGCAGACACAGACACGCCCCUCUGCAAGCCGAACCACCAAUCAGAGCACUGGAGAGACGAGUACUGUGGUGAUGCACCUCUCCGACAUAGACAUGCCCCCACCCCUGCCCCAAAUACCACUCUUCUAGCCAAACCACCAAUCAGAGCACUGUUGAGAGAGAGAGAGAGGAGGAGUCCUGGACAGGAAGUGAUGUCAGAGCAGGAACUGAUCUGGUCAUGCCACCUUAACUGGGUGGUGGAGAGAGAGGAGGAGUCCUGAACAGGAAGUGAUGUCAGAGCAGGAACUGAUCUGGUCAUGCCACCUUAACUGGGUGGUGGAUCAGGGCAUGUGGUAUGGGGUAGUUUUCAGGACUAGGGGCAUGUGGUGUGGGGAAGUUUGAGAGCUCAGGGCACUUGGCGUGGGGUAGUUUGAGAGCUCAGGGCACUUGGCGUGGGGUAGUUUGAGAGCUCAGUGGGCAGAGAGAGGGCUGAAAGAAAAGAGAGAGAAUCUGGGAAGUUGAUCAACAGAUUAAGAAGGAACUGAGGAAGAGAGAGAGAUGGAUCUGGAUGUGGAUAGGGUGAUGAAUCAGAGAGAGAGAGAUGGAUUGUGAUGGAUCUGGAUGUGGAUAGGGUGAUGAAGGAGGAAUAAGGAUAUAAAGUAAAGAGGGAAAAGAAAGUUUGGCAGAAGGAAAGAAAAAUUGUGUUUUUCAGUUGGGUUGUUUACGUGCUGUGUGGUUUUGAAGGGGAUGUGAAGAAGUUAUGAAAGUUAAGAAAGAAGGUGAUGUUUUAUGCUCCUCUUCUGCUGAAGGAGAGGAGAAGAGUUCUUAAAAAGCGCCGAACUUGAACACGUCUCCUGUGGUCUCCUCCAGGGGGGGAGGAGGAGGAGGAGAUGAGUUCGUAAAAAGCGCCGAACUUGAACCUGUCUCCGUGUCUUUCACGUGAAGGCUGUCCUGCCCUCCAACUCUGUGUCCUGUGGAGUUCACCAACGGUGAGCACUCGCCCAGGAAACACAUAGCGAGGGAGAGAUUUAGCAGUUAUAACAGUUUUAGUCAGUUUUGUCAUUUGAAUUCUUUCAUGUUUAUUUUUAAAGGAGCUUGGUGAUUCGACUUUAUUUGAUCAUUAUUUAUUAUUCUUAUUGUUGUUUUGAUACCGUUUCUGCUGCUGCUGCUGUUGUUGUUUUGUUGCUAUAGAAACGCUGCUGUGUUGUUUUUAUGAUUCUCUAAAGAAAAACCAAAAUAUUCCAACAGAGCUGCAGAAGUCGACCCCUGAGGCCUGGCACGGGUCUGGCAUGGGUCUGGGACACGACCGGCGCCGGUCCGGGGCCAAGUGUGUUCUGGAAUCGGACGCUCUCUGGGACUCGAACCAAAUAUAUGACGGGAAAGAAAGAAAUAUGUAAAUAAAGAGA